CCGGAAUUGUCCUCACACCAGUGCUUCUCGGCCAUUUUUGCCAAGUACAAGCUCCCUGCACACAAAACACAACACAACCCUGUUAUCCUUUAACAUAUUCGGACUUUACCGCCGCAUAGGGACGUGAUCACUGGUCAUGUCGGACUUUAUUGAGAGCGAGGCUGAGGAGUCAGAGGAGGAGUUUGAAGAGAAAGACCUGAAGCCUAGAAAGACCCAGAGGUUUAUGGAAGAAGAUGAUGAGGAAGAGGAAGAAAACACAGAGGACCAGGAUGAGCAAGGAAAUUUACGGGGACUCAUCGAUGAUGGAGAUGAGGAGGAGGGGGAGGAGGAGGAGGAAGAGGCUCAACGAAGUGGAAGCGGAGGGGGGAGUGACUCAGAAGAGGAAGUGAGGCAUCGAAGUAAAAAGAGAAAUUAUGACCACUACCUGGAUGAUGAUGAUCUUGACCUGAUUGAGGAAAACUUGGGUGUUAAAGUGAAAAGGAGGAAGAAGAAAUACGACCGUGUAAAAACACUGGAUGACGAUGAAGAAGAUGAUGACGAGAAGGACUUGAUUGCUGAUGAGAUCUUUCAUGGUGAUGAGGAUGGAGAGAUUGAGGAAGGCGAGGCAGUUGAUGAGCCUCUCCAGGCCAAUGAUGAGGAAGAAGGGGAGGAUGAGGAGUCAGAUAUAGAUGAUUUCAUUGUGGAUGACGAUGGCCAACCCAUCACCAAAAAGAGGGGCAAGAAAUUCUCAGGAUACACAGAUGCAGCUCUCCAGGAAGCCCAAGAAAUUUUUGGUGGUGACUUUGACUUUGCUGACUUUGAUGCCGACGCUUAUGACCAGGGCGAGGAGGAAGAAGAGGACCAGGACGAAGAGGGUUGGGACAGACCAAAGAAGCAGACCAAGAGGCGACAAGGGAGGAAGAGCAUCUUUGAGAUCUACGAGCCCAGUGAGCUUGAAAGUAGUCACAUGACCGACCAAGACAAUGAGAUCCGGACCACUGACAUGCCCGAGAGGUUCCAGUUGCGAGCAAUCCCUGUUAAACCUGCUGAAGAUGACGAACUGGAAGAGGAAGCAGAGUGGAUCUUCAGACAUGGCUUCUCCACUCUUACCAUCUCUAUGCAGGAGAGCACAGAUUAUCUUGACAGAGGAACAACCACCAACUUCAGCAGAAAAGGCCCAAGCACAAUUGCCAAGAUCAAAGAGGCCCUGAAUUUCAUGAGGAAUCAACAGUUUGAGGUUCCCUUUAUUGCUUUCUACAGAAAAGAGUAUGUGGAGCCUGAACUCAACAUUAACGACCUGUGGAAGGUUUGGCAGUGGGAUGAAAAGUGGACUCAGCUAAAGACCAGGAAGCAGAACCUGACCCGUCUGUUUCAAAAGAUGCAGUCCUACCAGUUUGAACAGAUCUCUGCUGACCCCGACAAACCUCUGGCUGAUGGCAUCCGUCCUCUGGACACAGCUGACAUGGAAAGGCUGAAAGAUGUGCAGACUCUUGAAGAGUUGGGUGACGUAUACAACCACUUCCUACUCUACUAUGGCCGAGACAUCCCCAAGAUGCAGAAUGCUGCCAAGUCCAAUAAGAAGAGGCUCAAGAAGAUCAAAGAAGUGUCGGAGGAUGGUGAAGAAGAGGAACUGGAGGUAGAACAAGAGGAAGAAAAGAAAGGACCUGACCUCAAGCUGGCAUCUCGUAGAGAUAUGUACAGCAUCUGUCAGAGUGUCGGACUCGAUGGCUUGGCUAAAAAGUUUGGAUUGACUCCAGAACAGUUUGGAGAAAAUCUGAGAGACAGCUACCAGCGUCACGAGACAGAACAGUUCCCAGCCGAGCCCCUCGAGCUGGCCAAAGACUACGUGUGCAGUCAGUUCUCCACCCCUGAGGCAGUUCUUGAAGGAACCAGGUACAUGGUGGCCAUGCAGAUUGCUCGUGAGCCCCUUGUCAGACAUGUACUCCGGCAGACUUUCCAGGAGAGAGCAAAGAUCAACAUCAAGCCAACAAAAAAAGGCAAAAAGGAGAUAGAUGAGGCUCAUUUUGCCUACUCCUUCAAGUAUUUGAAGAACAAGCCUGUGAAAGAGCUGAAUGGGGAUCAGUUCUUGAAGAUGUGCUUAGCAGAGGAUGAAGGGCUGCUUUCCAUUGACAUCUGUAUAGACCUUAUAGGAGUUAAAGGAUAUGCCGGGGAUCAGACGUAUUUUGAUGAGAUCAAACAGUUCUACUACAGAGACGAGUUCAGUCACCAGGUGCAGGAGUGGAACAGGCAGCGAACUUUAGCCAUAGAGAGAGCGCUCAAUCAGUUCCUUUACCCUCAAAUGUCCAAAGAGCUCAAGAGCAAACUGACUGCUGAGGCCAAAGAGAGCAUUGUCCGAUCCUGCUGUCGUCGCUUGUAUAACUGGCUAAAGGUGGCUCCCUACAGGCCAGAUCAGCAGGUUGAGGAGGAGGAUGAUGAUCUGAUGGACGAGAGUCAAGGCAAAGGUAUUCGGGUGCUGGGUGUGGCGUAUGCACCAAGCAGAGACACACCUGUUUUCUGUGCUCUGAUCAAUGGUGAAGGAGAGGUUGUUGACUUCUUACGUCUGCCCUACUUCAUGAAGAGGAGGAAUGCCUUCAGGGAGGAUGAGAGGGAGAAGAAGACCCAUGAUAUCGAAAAUCUUAAGAGGUUUCUGUCCAGCAAGAAACCUCAUGUGGUGGCUGUUGCAGGGGAAAACCGAGAUGCCCAAAUGAUCAUGGAAGACAUCAAGAGGGCCAUCAGCGAGCUUGAGCAGGAGUCUUCUCUGCCUGCUGUGGGAGUAGAACUUAUUGACAAUGAACUAGCCACACUGUACAUGAACAGCAAGAAGUCUGAGGUUGACUUUAGGGAUUACCCUCCCCUGUUACGACAGGCUGUGUCAAUAGCACGGAAGAUCCAGGAUCCUUUGAUAGAAUACGCUCAGGUUUGCAGUACUGAUGAUGAUAUCCUCUGCCUCAAACUUCACCCGCUACAGGAACAUGUGGUGAAGGAAGAUUUGCUCAACGCUCUUUACUGUGAAUUCAUCAACCGUGUCAAUGAGGUUGGAGUGGAUGUGAACAAGGCCAUAGCACAUCCUCAUACUCAGAGCCUGGUCCAGUAUGUCUGUGGCCUGGGUCCAAGAAAGGGCUCCCAUCUGCUUAAGAUUCUGAAGCAGAACAACACCCGUCUGGAAAACAGAACCCAGCUGGUCACAAUGUGCCACAUGGGACCCAAAGUUUUUAUCAACUGUGCCGGUUUCAUCAAGAUUGACACUGCAUCACUAGGAGACAGUACGGACUCCUACAUCGAGGUUCUGGACGGAUCUCGUGUCCAUCCUGAGACUUAUGAAUGGGCUCGUAAAAUGGCUGUGGACGCCCUUGAGUAUGAUGAGUCUGCAGAGGAUGCCAACCCAGCAGGAGCUCUGGAGGAGAUUUUAGAAAAUCCAGAACGUCUUAAAGAUCUGGACCUGGAUGCUUUUGCAGAAGAGCUUGAGAGACAGGGUUACGGCAAUAAGGGGAUUACUCUCUACGAUAUCCGUGCUGAGCUGAGCUGUAGAUACAAAGACCUGAGAGUUCCCUACAGAGUUCCCAACACAGAGGAGGUCUUUAACCUUCUCACAAAGGAGACUCCAGAGACAUUUUAUAUCGGUAAGCUCAUCACCAGUGUAGUAACUGGUAUCGCUCACCGGCGUCCUCAGGGAGAAAGCUAUGACCAGGCCAUCCGGAACGAUGCUACAGGGCUGUGGCAGUGUCCUUUCUGUCAACAGGACAACUUCCCUGAACUCAGCGAGGUGUGGAAUCACUUUGACAGUGGGUCGUGUCCAGGUCAGGCCAUUGGUGUGAGAUCAAGAUUAGAUAAUGGUGUCCAGGGAUUCAUUCCUACCAAGUUUCUCAGUGACAAAGUGGUUAAACAUCCUGAGGAGAGAGUCAAGGUGGGUAUGACAGUCCACUGCAGAAUUAUGAAAAUUGACAUUGAGAAAUUCAGCGUGGACCUCACCUGCCGUACAUCGGAUUUGCUGGACAAAGCCAACGAGUGGAAGCUCCCUAAGGACAGCUACUAUGACUUUGACACAGAGUCUGAAGACCAAAAACAGGAGGAGGAGCUCAAAAAGAAACAACAGCGAACACCGUAUAUUAAGCGUGUGAUCGCCCAUCCAAACUUUCACAAUAUUAGUUUUAACCAAGCAGAGAAGAUGAUGGAGACCUUGGAUCAGGGAGACUUGAUCAUCAGACCCAGCAGUAAAGGAGAAAACCAUCUCACUGUCACCUGGAAGGUGGCUGAUGGUAUCUACCAGCAUGUGGAUGUGAGAGAAGAGGGCAAAGAGAACGCAUUCAGCUUAGGGCACACUCUCUGGAUCAACACUGAAGAGUUUGAAGACCUGGAUGAAAUCACUGCUCGGUACAUUCAGCCAAUGGCAUCAUUUGCCCGGGAUCUGCUGGGACAUAAGUACUUCCAGGACUGCAACGGAGGGAACAAGGAGACUAUGGAGGAGUUGUUGGUCAGGACAAAGAGGGAAAAGCCUACUUUUAUCCCAUACUUCAUCUCAGCCUGUAAAGAACUGCCAGGAAAGUUCAUUCUGGGGUACCAGCCUCGUGGAAAACCAAGGAUUGAGUUUGUGACUAUCACGCCAGACGGCUUUCGCUACCGUUCACAGAUAUUUCCCACAGUGAAUGGUCUGUUCCGCUGGUUUAAGAACCAUUACCAAGAGCCUGUGCCAGGCAUCACUCCCAGCAACAGCAGCCGAACAAGAACUCCUGCAUCCCUGAAUGCCACCCCAGCCAAUAUCAACAUUGCAGACUUGACACGAGCCGUCAACGCCCUCCCACGCAACAUGACGUCUCAGAUGUUCAGUGCCAUCGCUGCUGUCACAGGCCAGGGCCAGAAUCCCAACACCACCCCAGCACAGUGGAGCUCCAGCCAGUACGGCUAUGGCGGCAGCACAGGAGGAGGAGGAGGGAGCUCCUCUGCUUAUCAUGUAUUUGCCACUCCUCAGCAGCCCAUGGCAACACCCAUGAUGACACCCAGCUAUUCCUACACCACACCGAGCCAGCAAGCCUUGGGCACGCCACAGUACCCCGGAUCCACACCGCAGUCUUCUCACUCUCACGCACAUGCCCACCCACACACAAGCCACAUGUCACAUCACAGCCACCAUGGCCAUCACAGUGGUCACCAUGGCCACUCGUCCGGCACACCGUCAUCAUCUACAUCAUCCAGAGGGCGAACACCACAACAACAGCAGACACAGCAGCAGCAGCCAAAGGCUAGCAGCAGCAACGCCUCCGCUGUUGACUGGGGCAAGAUGGCGGAGCAGUGGCUGAAGGAGAAGGAAGCUGAGGGCAGGAAGAAAGCCCAGAGGAUGACGCCACGACCAUCGCCCAGCCCCAUGAUCGAGAGCACACCCAUGUCCAUCGCCGGAGACGCCACACCCUUGCUGGAUGAAAUGGACCGAUAGGACAGGCAGGGGGGCGUAACUUCAACCCCCGUAUUUCCCGAGUCCAUCCACUGCGCCAGUUUUUCAUCUGAAUAAACACCCCCCCACCCCACCCAACCCCCACCCCCCCCUUGUGUUUCCCAGAACCCAUUUCAUUCAGUUGGGGGGCUCACACCAUUCAUCUGAGUCCAUUCACAUGCUGUGUCCACUUCCUGAUGUUGUAGCUACAGUCUUCUAUCAUGGUUCAUCUCAGCUCCUUCCUUCCUUUUGUCCAUCUGUCCACUCACCUCAUUCCACCUCCUCUCUGCAGAUGACUUCUCUGGCUGCUUAGUAUUUUGUAUAGUAUGAAUAACACUGUAUAUGUCAUGCAGAAAGUCAGUACAAUGGCAAAAACACUUGAAAUAUCUGACAGCAGUUACAUAUAGGAUAUGGACCUACACAGACUCUGUCAGCAAGCUGUCCUACUAUCUUUAUUUUUGAGAUCAGUCUUACUUUGAUCCAUGAAUGGUCACAUCAGAGGGGCACAGUCACAGUUUUUUCCUUCUUAAUGGUUGGUCGAUUUUUUUGCCAAAAGAGCGCUUUGCCAAGUCAAUCAGGAAAGUGAAUUUUUUGUAUGCGUCAGAAUGAAUAAAGACUGUUUCUUUUUCUGUUUGAACAUUAAGCCUCUGCUCUUCACAUCUGUCAUAGCAAACUCAUCUUUGACUGUACAGACACACACCAAACAUUAGGGGCAUUUACUGCCACCUAAAACUGAGUUACUGCUACUGGUGUCUCAGCCUUGUGCUGUGUUAUGAUCAGCUGUGUUCUGGCUCCGGUAGAGAACCUCUUGUGUAUUUUGGACUCAUAUUAAGCCUCUGCGACAACUGGGCACUGAGAGUGCACUGCUUUAGAGGGAACCGUAGUUGUGAUGACUUCAUCUGUAUUAUGUGUUACAGUGCAGGGAGGCGCUCACACUUAGAGUGGUUGAGUUCAGUUGGAAACUAAGUAUCUCCAGUGUCAAGUUGGUAACCACAACAGUGUAGGAGUUUGACUUUAAAACGUAAGCCCUAUUGGCAGUUCAGAGUAUUUCACCUUGAUUCUGCAUUGUUUUCAUAGGAUGCAACCUCUUCAUAUGCUGCUGCGGCAAUUCAGUUAAACACAAUGUAAACAAAAAAUGUUUUGGUGGAUUUUGUUUUUAAUUGAGACUGUCAGCAGAUAUCCAUCACACUGACGUCCCACUGUGUUUAUAUUCCCUGUUCUGUAUGCUAUUUGAAUUGCACGCAGCAAAUGAAUUCAUCCUGAAUUCAUCCUGAAUCCCUUGUAAUUUUGCAGAAUUUGAGAUCUCCCUGCUCCCUCUUGACUUGUGCAUUGUUUUGUUUUAUUUCCUGCUGUGCCGCAGUACCAACAAGCAAUGCUCAUAUUUAGUGGUGUGCUUCAUUUGCAGUGUGCAAAGUAUCAUGGUCCCAUAAUAUGCAGAUUGUUUUAAAUGAUUAUGUUUUUGCUUGGUUUUACAUCUCCUGCCAGAUUAAGAUACAGAGUCUCUCUGAAUGAGGGAUGUGAUUGGUUGUCAGCAGUAGUUAGUGAUAGAGGAGAAAUGUUGUCUCUGGCUCUGCUGAUGACCUUUUCUACCUGUAAUUCCUUUAAUAAAAGUGUUCAUA